AUGUCUACAUAUCCUCAAGACGUCCACAACGACAUCUACCCUUCAGGUCAAGGCCACGACUCCAGCAAAACAAACAGCAAAGAGAAAGUACCCCUCGACCAUGAAAAGGGCCACGAUAUAGAUCUUCACUCCGCCCACAACGUCCCCGUCGUAGACAAUGGCUUCGGCGGCGGCGAGGGCUCCAAGAACUUCCGCAACAUGACAAAAUGGGACACCACCUUUGCUCUACUUACCAACCAAGUCGGUCUCGGUGUGCUGUCGUUACCCAGCGUCCUCAAGACAAUGGGUAUUAUUCUUGGUCUUAUUGCCAUUAUCGGCAUUGGUCUUUUAUCGUGGUAUACUGCGUUCGUGCUGAAGCAGUUCUUUGGAAGACAUCCUCAUGUGUUGAACGUCGUUGACAUGACCAAAGUUGUUGGCGGUCGUCCUCUUGCUAUCGCCUCUGGAAUCGGUCUGUUGGUCCAGGUGAUCAUGACAGCUGCUUCGGCGAGUGUCACGCUCUCUAUCGCUUUCAACACGAUCUCCAACCACUCCAUCUGCACUGUGGGCUUCAUCGGCGUCGGCUGUCUCUGCUGCUGGGUCCUCUGCGCGCCCCGAACCUCCAAGUUCGUCUCGCAGUCCGGCAUCCCCUGCAUGGUCUCCGUCAUCGCCGCUUCAGUGCUGGUCAUGAUCUCCCUCGGAGUCAAGAACCCUACCGCUGCGCCCGUCGGUUGGAAGAAGGACAUUAAGAUCGUAGCGAACCCCGACUUCCGCUCUGGCCUCAACGCUUGCCUCAAGAUCUGCUACGCUUACUCUGGUAACAUCAACUUCGUCACCUACAUGGCUGAGAUGAUCGACCCCGUCAAGGACUUUGGCUUUGCCCUUGCCUGGUUGGAGGUUGUGUCCAUCACCUUCUACGUUAUCGUGGCUAUAGCCAUCUAUUGUCUUGCUGGCGAGUACACCGUCUCGCCCGCCCUCGGCUCGGCUUCAGAGAACAUUGCCAAGAUCGCCUACGGCAUUGUCCUCCCCGCUGUUCUGUCCACCGGACUCGCCUUUGGCCACACCGGAAUCAAGUAUGUGUACGUCCAGGUGAUGAAGCACUUUAAGCUCCAGAGCGAGAUGACUGCCAACAAUGUUCGCUCUUGGUCCAUCUGGAUGACCAUCGUGACCGUCUUCUGGGCACUCUGCUUCAUCCUCUCCAACGCCAUCCCCGUGUUCGACUCUAUCUUGUCUAUUGCCUCGGCGACUACCAUCUCGUGGUUCACAUUUGGCUUCAGCGCCGUAUUCUGGUUCCACAUGAACUGGCACCAGAUGCUUGCCAGCCCCACCAAGAUCCUGUUGACCUGUGUCAACGCAUUCCUCAUCGCCAUCUCAAUCUUUAUGAACGCGGCUGGUCUGUGGUCAUCUAUCACGGAGCUGUUGGACCUGUUUGCCAACGACUCCAGUUCCAUCCAGGGCGUCUUCGACUGCGGAAGCAAUGCCCUCUUCUGA